AUGGCGCUUGCAUGCGCUAUAGGCUGGAAGGCCUGCAGCACAAGUGACCUCGGAGCAGCAGCAGCAGCAGCAGCAGCAGCAGCAGCAGCAACUCAGACAACAGCUGCUGCAGCAGCAGCAACAGGUGCGACAGCAGCAGCAGGAAUUAAGAGCACAGCUGCACAAACAAUAGCAGCAGCAACAGGUGCGACAGCAGCAGCAGGAAUUAAGAGCACAGCUGCACAAAAGCAGCAGCAACAGGUGCGACAGCAGCAGCAGGAAUUAAGAGCACAGCUGCACAAACAAUUGAGGGAGCUGCAGCAGCAGCAGCAGCAGCUGCAGCAGCAGCAGCAGCAACAGCAACAGCAGCAGCAGCAGCAACAACUGUGUACACAGCAGAUGCUGCUGCAGCAGGCACAUGCAGCAGCAUGA